AUGCCGAAGUAUAAACAUAAAGGAAAGUUGCCUAGAAAAUUUUUUCCCUGCACAAUUGAAGGUCGGAAAAUAGAAACGGACAAAACGGUGGCCCGGCUCCAACAACCUCUCCAAGUCAAUUUUAAAGGUUAUAAAGGCUUCAUUAGAAAUAAGGAUGAAAAAGAAGCACAGCAAGAGGAAGGCAAAACGACUCUUGGUAUAACUUACUAUUAUUUUGUUGGAGAUAAUAAUGAAGGUGGCGAAACUUCAUUUUUAACCUAUGGAAAAGUUGAUGAUAUAAGGCCCAUAAGAAUUAGAUUGAAAAAGGAAAUGUUUUUAAACCGUUUGGGCUACGAGGAAUUUAUAAUCAAACUGAAUGAAAAAGGAGGGUUUUCUUAUGUGGAUAUCUGUUUUGAAUCGGUGGUAGACACUAUUGCCCACGAAUUAGCUCACGCUAUAGUUGCCACAUUUGAGUUUAAAUAUGAGGGCGAAGAAGGGGGGGGGCACGGCAAAUUAUUCUAUGACAUAUGUAAAGAAAUAGAAGUAAUGAUUAGAGCAGACCCGAAAUUUGAAGAAUUUGAAAAAUGA